AUGCCGUUUUUCCCCUGGCUAUCACCCUUCAAAAGCAAGACUUGUGUCAGUGAAAGCCAUGAUACUCACACCACCAACCUCGCAACAGUGGACUCUGUGAACCCGAUUGAGAGUAUGGACUUUGAUACACUCGCCGACAAAGUGGAAGCUUUACGGUCUGAACAAGAAUAUGCUUAUGAACUUUGCAACCAAGCAAACCUUCAAUUUGACAAAUACCGCAUAGAACUUUACGAGCUCCGGAAGUUGCUGAAAUCUGCGCAUGAAAGGGGCGCCAAAGUGGACCGCUUACUUGUCGAGGAGCAACAAAAGAAUGCAAUUCUCCAGGCACAGCUCAGGAGCCUCCAAAACAGCUUGAGAAACGGGUCUGUUCUUGCCAGUCAACUCCAAGCAAGGCUCAAUGCUGAAACCGCGGCUUUGAAAAACAUGACUAAACACGCACGGAAACUUGAGGAGAAGUUGAUUGACAUGCAGCUGGAUCUAGAAUACCUCAAGUGCACUACAAGUCCUGAACCGCUGAAGGAUCCUUUGGUCACCGCUGCACAAGAUUUUCCUCUACCAGCGCAACCAUUUGUUGUCGUGUUGGUGGAUGGUGAUGCAUACUUUUGGGCUCCUGAUAUCGGCAUCGUUGGUGCUGGGCAAGGAGGCAGUUCGACAGCCACUUAUGCUGAUGCUACUGGUCCAGGUGCCAUAGCCGCUACAAGAAUCCGUAAUGAAGUUGUCAAGUACAUCUUGCACCAAAAUGGAACUAUUCCGAUAACAUCCAAGGUCGUCACUCGGGUUUUCCUCAACUACGGGAGUGGCGCUCGACUGGGCAUGCUACAAAGCCGACGUCGAAGUACUCCUACAGGUGUGGACGUGGCCGAUUUUGCGGUGCAGUUCACCGAAAAAGUCCCUCUGUUCGAUUUCUUCGAUGCAGGAAGAGGGAAAGAGAGGGCAGACGACAAGAUUAGAGAAAACUUCCAUCUCUUUCUGUCGACGCCAAACUGUCGCGCAAUAUUUGUUGCCGCCUGUCUCGACAACGGGUUCGCUCGGAUGCUUGAGCAGUAUAGUGACCAUCCGGUGGCUCGUCAAAAGAUCGUCCUGGUCUCACCGGGGUACGUCGCGAUUGAGAUACAGAAAUUGGGGCUCAAAACAGUCGAGUGGCCGAGUGUGUUCGCUGUACAGACGAUGCCUGCCAAUGCCGUUGCCAAGCACAAGAAAGAAAUGCAGAAACUGCAAAAGCAGAGAGCAGCACGCGUCCAGCGCAGUGCGUCUACACCAGCAACAACCUCUGGAGAUACUCGAUCCAGCUUAGCACCACAGUUGUUGGACUUGGUGCCUGCCUGGGACCCGAAUAUAGCGAUGAGCAAGGUUUCCAACGGAGUUGGCUUCAGAGUUCAGCGCGCAGCAGCAGAUGUGGUGGCGCGUCUCGAUCUUGCGCAGAUGGUUGAGACUGCCGAGGACAUUGACUGA